UCCCCGGUGUCUCUAGUAGGUGUAGUACUUGUAGUACUUGUAGUACAGGCUGUAGUCCCCGGUGUCUCCAGCAGGAGGCGGUAUCACUCCGCAGUAAAAGGUGUCUCUCUUGUCUCCUUCUCCCUCAGACAGGCCCUUCUGUCCUCCUCCCUCCUCCCUCCUCUCUCUCAGCUGCUGGAUGACUCCUCCCCCUCCUGCAGGAGGAGCGUCCUCCGCGUGCUGGACCGCCUCGCGCUGCUGCCGGCAGGUGCAGAAGCUCUGCUGCCUCUGGUUCCUAAACUGAUGCUGAAGCUCAGAGAGGAGAAGGAGAAGGAGGAGAAGGGGGAGAAGGAGGAGGAGGAGGAGGAGGGGGAGAAGGAGGAGGAGAAGGAGAAGGAGGAGGAGGAAGAGGAGGAGGAGGAGGAAGAAGAGGAAGAGGAGGUGCUGCUCCUCUCCACCAUCACCUCCUGCUCCAGGCUGGACGCUCUGCCGGCUCUGGCCUCUGACGGCGUCUCGCUGCUGGGACGCAGACUGUCCCACCGCUCCCCGAACAUCCGCAGGGAGGCGUCUGCAGCGCUGAUGAGCCUCAGUGUCUGUGAGGACGGGAGGCGGCAGGUGUGUGAGGAGGAGCUACUUCCUGUCCUGGUGGACCUGCUGCAGGACCAGGACCUGGAGGUUCAGACCAACGCUGCAGGAGUCAUCAUGUACACGGUUAUCAUCACCGCAGGUACAAAUACACAACGUGAAGUACUUGACCCUCACUGGAACUACGAAUGAAACACAACAAAAUACUACAAUACCCAUGAGCCUCAGUUGCCGUAGUUAUGGAGGAACAGAACCUGUCUACAUGUUACUGAAUCGAUCUCACACUGAUCUAGAAUCAGAGAGUGAACUGAGUUCAAUGUUUACCUGUUUGUCUAUGUGAAGCUUCAGCUUGUUGGUGAAAUGCACCCUGGUAGUUGUAGUUGGCU